AUGUCCUCCGAGCCAGUUCACUUCUUUGACAUCACCUCCACCCUCCCAGGCCCCUCCAAGUCCUGGUCCCCAAACACCCUCAAAGUGCGCGCAGUGCUUAACUUCAAAGGCAUACCCUACACACAAUCCUGGAUUUCCUACCCAGACAUCGCCCCCCUAAUCAAAUCCCUCUCUCUACCCCCCAACGCCACCGGAACCCCCUACACCCUUCCCGCCAUAAUCCACCCCUCCAUAACCACCAACAAAUCCAACGCCAUGAUGGACUCCCUCCCCAUAAUCCUGCACCUAGACAAGACCUUCCCAAACCCACCCCUCUUCCCCUCCGGCGACGCAAGCUACGCCCUCGUCAUGGCCCUCUCAAAGGUAGCCGCAGGCAUGGGUACAGGCAUCCGACAACUCGUCAUCCCCAACGUCCCUCAGCACCUUGACGAAAGGGGGCAGGAGUACUUUAAUCGGACGCGAGCGGUGGCAUUUGGGAAGCCGCUUGAUCAGGUGCGGCCGAGCGACCCCGAGGCUGUGGAGGAGAUUUGGAAGGGGGUUGAGGCAGAGUGUCAGACGUUGGUGGAUAUGUUGAAGGGCAGGGAGGGGAAGAAGGGGCCAUUUCUAGAGGGGGAGAAGCCUGGGUAUGCGGAUUUGAUGUUUGCUUGUAUUCUUGCCUUCUUUGAGCGGAUGGAUCCGCCUAUUUUUGAGAGGUUUAUGGGGAUUGGAGAGGGAGAAUUCAAGGCGCUUUGGGAGGGGUGUAAGCAGUGGCUUGAAGGGCAGGGGGAAGAGAAGGAGUGGCCGAUUCCAGGGCAGUAA